AUGUCAAAUCAACGUUCUGGGAUCGAUUCAAGUGUGCCACUGAACUCAGUCACUCCGAAUUCGAAUCCUCCGAAUGAUGGCACAUGUAAUAAUAAAGCCAAUAACGACAUUUCACCUACGCCGAAUUCCACAUUUUCUGAGUAAGUAUAAUUUUAUUAUGAUAACGAUAAGUAUAUACACCACAAGUAUGACUCACCGGCAAAACUCCAAAAGUCAAUAGGUUCUUUGAAAUAAAUAUUGUUAGAUAAUUUGGUUUUUUCGAUACUUAUAACGAACAACGAUUAUAUGCAAUACGAUGUUUCUUUAUCAUUUUUAGAUUUUGAGUGGAAUGACGAAGCUUAUAAUUUUACAAACAUGUUUAUUUUUUUUCUCUCUGUGCACCACUUUUCUCUCAGAAAAUUUGAUCAGAUUUUAAGGUGUAGCAUCUUUUUUGGAAGGAAGUCAGUGUUGGGAGGUACUUUAAGGAGGUAAUUUUUCGAUUUUUUCAAAAGUUUUCUAAUCAAGUUUGAAAAAAACAAAAAAAAAAUCUGAGGAAAAACGAGAAAAUAAAGGAAAAUGUAGGUAUCAGUCAAAAUAUAUUACGGCCUUCUUUUUUUCUGUGCAUAACUUUUUUACAAGCAAUUUCGCCCCAACUUAUAAUGAUGUUCUCGAAAGGAAAUUUGACUGAGAAAGUAUUUUAGACAGGUAAUUUUUAGAUUUUCCUAAGAGUUUUCCCAGUAAAUGUGAAAAACCGGGAUAAAAUAUGGGAAAACCGGUAAAAACGUAAGAAAACUGGGAAAAUCGGUACAAUAAUAAACAAACAUCAUUAAAGAAAAUAUAUAAAGCUUAUUUAAUUAUUUUACUAUAAAAUGACAUACAUUGUUGACAAAAAAUCAUUAUCAACUGAACUCCUCACAGAAUCGUUUUUUCGUAAGCAAUGGUUUAUCGUUGUUUACAGGUAUACAUUAAAUUAUCUAUAACAAUGGUUGUACCCAUCCCCAUUAUCCGAGGACGUCUUUUUAAACUUGCCAUCAUUGUAGAUCAGUAAAGUCAAAAUCUCAAAUUUUAUCGGACAAUAAUGAUUUCACUCAAAACGGUAACGCGAAAAAUAUUUCACGUUUUUUAUUUCAGGGGGGGGGAGUUUCAAAGUAAACAUUUUGAAUAAAUUUUUAACAUUUCAACCCUUGUGUAAUAAAAUUUCCAAACGAAAAUACCACGAUCAAGAUACACCCAUAUUUUUUUCUAAGGAACACCAAAUUUUUUUCUUUCGCAUUUGUUUUCUGAGAUAGCAAUUUAUGAUGAAAAAACGAUUUUUUUGUACAUUUUUUAACAAAUUCAAAACUUAUCGAUGAUUAUAAUAUAACUUAUACUACCUAUACAGUUUAAAGUACAGUAAAUUGGCAUAUGUUGCACGUAUUGAUUCGAUAAAUUGCUAUAUAAAGUAUAUGUAAGUAUUAGUGUACAAGUAUUAGGGUCGUUUAUUAACGUAUUGUUUUAUUAUUUGUUAGAAUUUUUUUAAAACUUUUUUUAGUAUGCCGACGGUAAAAGAUUCAACCGUGCUGAACGUUUCCAUAUUAAAAAUACCGAAUCAAAUGAAAAGGGAAUCAACAAUUGAGGAGCUUCACAAUACUUGGAGAAAAAUGGGAGCGUAAGUUAAAACGCUAGACAUAUUUGGUUCCAGGGUAAAAAGGCGUAAGCCCAUUUUGUAUAGAUUUCAAUACAAGUAGUAUUUUUUAGUUAUUUAUAGGUAUUUGAAUCAUAUAAAAUCUAUACAAAUGUUGUAAACACUGAUCAAAUAUUUAAGUUCGAAUUCGUGAAAUUAAAACCACGAUAACGUUAAUUUAUUUUGCACAAAUUGAUAAGGUACAAUGUUUAAUUUAAAUCUUUCGAAAAAUGUUUUAAACGGUCUUCGUUCAGAAUCGUUUUUCGUUUGCAAUGAUUUAAUACAAUACUUUAUACGGAUAAUACAAUUUUGAAUUUUGUUACUGACAUCAAGAGUAUUUUUAUUGUAUCAUAAUUUACUAUUACAGUCAAGCUCUCGCCACAACUCUCUCCGCUCUAUACGGCAAACUUUUGGUGGUCAUGGGCAUAGCUUUUCCGAUGUCUGAAGUCAUAUCCACGCACAUUCCACAUUCGUUUUACGAGGUAAAAUUAUGAUUUAGUAUUUAACUACAGUCGAUGCGUAUAUAGGUAUUUUUUAUUAUUAUCUAUAAUAUUGUGAGGAUUUAUUUAUUUUUUGCAAAUAUGAUUUUCAGGGUUAUUACCUGUACCUUUACUUCGGGAGCAUGGCAUUUCUUUUUUACAUGUACGCAAUGCUGCUCAAAGGGAAACCCACGAUGACGCCGGUCAACACGAAUUUCAGUGAGUAUAUCCUACGUUGUAUAACUAUUACAACGUGGAGUAUAUUUAGGUUUUUGCCAAGGAAGGUGAUAUUGAAUUUGAUAAUUGUGCCGUUGUAACAGGCGAUUUGUAUCCCACGUGUAUUAUUACCUCGGUGUGUAUAAAUUGUAAUGAUUUGUUAUAAUUCAUUGAAUACAAAUAUUUCUGUUCAUUGUUUUGAAGUCAAUGUUUCACUAAUAUUUUUUUCAAAUAUAAACAUAUAUAAAUAUGAGCGUUUCCUUUCUGUAUAUAUCCACAGAAUAAUACAAGAACAAAGUCAAAUAUAACUUCAUAUUACCUUUUGAAAUAAAGCAACUAACCGAAACACUAUCUAACAAAUUUGUAUAAACACGAACUUACACAAAUGUAUAAAAGGGUAUAUUAUACAGGAAAAACUGUGCCGGAUUCAAAGGCGAUCGUGCUAAUUCAAUCGUCUAAAAAUGAAUUUAUAAAAUUAAACAACGUGUUUCGGAUUUCCAAUUUGUAUGAGUAUCAGUCACAAAUUUAAUUAAUAAUUGCAUAGGUAUUUUAAAAUAAAAUAUGAUUUUUGCGUCCUAAUGAUAGAUAACCUAUAUUUGGCUACAUUUUUUUAUAUUAUUACCUAGUUUUGGAUGGCGAUUUGUACCCACCAAGGUAAUAAUACAAAUAGGGUUCAAAUCUCCUGUUAUUAUAGACAAUUUUUCUUAUAGGCGAUUUGUACCUACUAAGGUAAUAAUACGGUGAGUAUUAAAAUACACUGACCACGUAUUAUAUAAACGCAUACCCAGGUUAAAAUUAUCAAUUUUUCAUAAUUUAUGUAUUUUUAUCAUUAAAAUUCAAUCUACCCUAAAAUUAUCAUUGAAAUCAAAUACCUAACUAUAUGUUUAACAUUAAAUAACAUGUACUUGAUUUACUAUUUAGUUACUUAUCUGACUUCUUUCAUAUUAUAGUGGUGUGGAUAGGUUCCGUAGAAACCAAAAUAAUGCAUACAGUGCCGUACAAAAAUAUAUCUCCGUGACAUAAUAAAGAUAACCAAAUUCUGUUUUUUUUUUUUUAUUUAAAUAGGUGUAUGUUAAUUACUUAUAGGAAUAAGGACUACAGAUACUUAUAUUUAAAUUUAUGUUUUAUGUUUUGAUAAAAAACUAAAAAUAUAACAUUCGAUUUCAUUACUUUUGAAAAAUUGUAUACAGUUUAUUUUUCUGACAAUUUUGACGUUUCAGCUUUUUAUUUUUAUUAAAUUGAUGAUUAUUUAGUAAUUUUUUAAAGUUUAGAAAAAAAGUGUACAGUCGUCAACCAGCUAAAAUAGUAAUAAUCAAUUAGGAAAUUCGAUUACAACUUACAGCAUUAUUAUAGGUACUUUUCUCUGGACUUAAAGCAAAUUAUUAAAAAUCACAAAUUUAAUAAUAAUAAUAAAAAGUUGAAACUUCAACAUUUUCUGAAAAAUAAACUCUAUAAAAUGGCUAUACAUUUUUCGUUAGUAGAGUAAAUAGUAAAUUUUUAGUUUUUUUUUUUACUAGAACGUAAAAUUUUAGUUUAAAUAUACAUAUUUUUAGUCUAUUUGCCCUCGAGUAAUAUAAAUAAAAACAACAGGAUUGAAUUAUAUUUAUUGUUUCAGGAGAUAUUAUAAUGCGUAUAUUAUCUUCGUGGGGCACAAUGUAUGUUGAGGUAUUUUUUAGUACAUUAACAUACCGACACAUACAAUUUUGGAAUUCUCUGACUAAAAAGUAAAGAAUUUUGAAUUUAAAAAGGCUUUAUGCCCGGUUGCACCAAACUUAUCUAUCGAUAAAUCUAGUGUUAAAUAUUUAUAUAAUGAUAAACUGUUGAUAAAUUCAAUGUUUAACUUAUGUUAAAUUUACAAGUGUUGCUUAAUCAUUGUUUUGUACUCAUGUUAUUACCAAAACACUAGUUAUCAAACCGACUCAAAUUAAUUAUCAAAUUCGUAAUCAUCAAAAUUGUGCAAAGGAUUAUACUUGUCACAAAUUAAUCUAGGCUCACAAAUAUGUAUACAAUUAUUUCUUCAUCAGACAUAUCUGAUGUAUCUAAUAAAGACUAUUCUAAUGAAUUAUUCCUUAUUAAUUUCAAUUAUUCAUUCAGAAAAAAAGAGAAAAGCACUUAUUGAAAUAAAAAAAAAAAAAAAUAAUAUUAUUUAAUAUCAUAAUACAACAAUAAUAUUAAUACUAUCUAAUGUAUGUAUUCCACGGUUGGCCGAUAUCGUGCGUUGAGAAUUCGAUUUAGAAUUAUUUUUAUUAUUGAUUAGAUAACUCGGGAACCGAAUCGUUGUCCGAUGGUGGAUCGGAUAACAGCGAAGCUGACUCGGAAUAUUACGAAAAUGAAUACGCGAACGGGAAGAAAGUCGCUCCCGUCAAUAAUAUCAACAACUGGUCGUCGUCGUACAAUCAAAAAACUCGAAGGCAAUCGUCUCACGCCGUGCUGCCCUCUACUUUCCAACAUUACGGGAGUUUUUAUCUGAGAAUGGGUGCUGUAGGUGCGUUAAAAUUGGAAAUUUCAUUGAUAUUAAAACAAUAACGUUAUAAUAAUGUGACCUAUGCAGGUCGGGAUUCAAGUUCCCGUUUCACGGACCUAGAAAAGCACUGAUUCCCGCUAUACUACCGAAUUUUAGUGCUCAAUUGGUGCUUUCAGAAUAUAUACAAAUAAUAAUUUGUGCUCACUCCAAACCCGAAUUAUCACUAUCACUAAUUUUUAACUUAAGUCUUAGUAUUAUAAUUCUACAGUCAUUUAUUACGCUAACAACGUUGAUGUUGACAUAUAGGUAAUAUUAUAGUUUCAAUGGUUUUUUAUUGUCUUUGAGUUGUUUACAGACAUUGUUUAAUAUUUUAAGUUAUGUGCAAAUGAUCAAGUUUUGAUUGACUGUCGGGUUAUUGUACUCAUGUCCCACUAUGUAAAAAUGCUAUUUCCUUCAUUUAAGUCUAUUUAUUUUAUUUUGUAUUUUUUUUUUAGGAUAAUAUUUAAAAAAUAAAUUAGUACUCUAUUUAAACUCCAGUUUAGAGAGAUGAGUGAAAAUAGAUCAAAUAAAACUAUUUUAAUAAAAAUUCUCCUGUUUAUUGAAAACAUGCAUAUUUCUUAUAAGUACAAAAAAAAAAAAAAUAAUAACUACACUUAUUACAAUAACUUAAUUUUUACAAUACCGUUCUAGUUUCCAAACCUAAAGUUUAUUCUGUAAAUAAUAAUAAUGCAACCACAACAUAUUUUGAUGAUCUGACCCGUUUGAUAUUUGUAUUCAUGUCAUCAUGAACAUAAAACAGACAAAUUUGUAAUUUUGUAUUCAAAUCAUUUAAUACAUUAUUCAAAUGCGUACAGAGUAUUUAAAUGUGAACUUGAAAUCGAACUUUCAGAUUUUUUUUCAGAACUUUGCAGAGAACAGUUAAUGAAACAAAGGAUAAGUACAGUAAAGACAAAAAUUCUAAGGCGGAUAUGUUUUCCUUAGGAAGGAAAUUUAUUUAUUUAUAAACGCCAGUCGGAAAUUUUAUGAUUUAGGAUUUGGUUUACAAGUAAUAGUUAUUUAUAACAUAAUACUGAUAAUACACAGUAACAAUGGAAAUAAUGCGGAGAAAACAAGAUACAAAUUAGAUAGUGAUGUAUUACCACCCUACAAAAAAACAAAUUUAAAAAAUUAAAUUAAAUAUAAAAACAUUACUGCUAAUCGUACAUUUAAUUACCUAUAGUUGAAAUAAAAAAUAAGGUUAUUUAAAUUACGAAGCAUUCUAUGUAAGGGGUGGCUAUAACCAUAGGAUGUACUGUGCGCUGGUACUAGGAAGAGGGAGUGAUGUCUGGAAAAGAAGAAAGGGAUAAGAAUACGUAAGUAUGAUAGGAGAUCAGGAGCAUUUGUGGUGCCUCUAAAGAGUGAAGAAAUAAAUUGCACGCCAAUGUCUUUUCGGCGGGAUGAAAGUAAUGGAAUUUCCAAUAUACUACGAAUAUUUAAGGACAUGGGCUGCGUAGGAAAGAAACCUAUUUUGGACACCUUCGAAUAUUAAUUCAUAUUUAGCCAAGUAAGAAUGCCAUAUUACCGUUCCGUAUUCUAAUAUCGAACGUACUAACGCGAAGUAUUAUGUCUCCGGAGGCAAUGAGCAGAAGAAAAAUGAGUGGUGUUGCACUUAAUAAAUCCCACGACUCUUAAUGCCUUUUAAUUUACCUACGGUUUCAUUCGUGCGAUGUUCAAAGUUUAAAGAUGGAGUAUAAUGCAUACCAAGAUUUUAUGGAGAAAAACCAAGUAGGCCAAGAGUGGUGCCGUUAAAAGAAUAGUUAAUACAUUUAUUAUGGGUUGUGCACGAGUAAGAGUGACACGGUUUGUAUACCAAAUGAGGAAGAAUAGGUUUAGCUGGUUGGGUAGUGAUAUGAGGGAAAGAGUAGAAAUAGAAACACUGAUAAUAUAUUGUUCUGUAUUAUCUUAAGUCAUUAUUGACCUUAUGAUUUUUGUUAUUUUAAUUAUAAUUUGAAUUUGUUUUAAUGUCGUAAGCGCGGAGCUCAGGGCAAAUGUCCCGGUGGACCAACCCUAGAAUCGGGGCUACUGGUACAUUUAUUAUAUAAAAUACAUUUUUAAAUUGUACUCACAUUAAUAAUUUUAACUGAUUUCAUCUUCUUGUUUUUUGUAUGUUGUAGAUACUACAGUGCAUUGUAGAAUGUAAAAAUAUUUCAUUUAAUAAGAUAAUAACCAAAUCAGAGAAGUCUAAUAUUCACAUGGUCAUAUUGCUAACGAAACUUGUUUUAAUGUUAAAUAACAAUGAUAGUUUUGUUUUUCAUGGUUUCAAAAGUUAUCUAAUUUUAUCACAAAUUAAACAAGUGGACAGGCGCGGCACCAGGGUGGCCUAAAGUCCGUGGUCCUCAAUCAAGCCCGUAUUUUUUUUUUAUCAAAAACACUUUUACAAAAAAAAAAAAAAAAAACACAUACUAUCGAUUAUUGCAGACACUUACAAGUGUGUUGUUAGAAGUAUCUACUAUCUAUAUUACUUAGAAUAAUUCUAACAAGUUAGUGAUACAUAGUAUAAGUAUAGUUAGUGUACAAGAUAUUAAGCAAAUAGACUUACCUGAAGGAAAUAGCAUUUCUACAUAGUGGGACAUGAGAUAACCUGACAGUCAAUCAAAACUCGAUCAUUUGCACAUAACUUAAAAUAUUAAACAAUGUCUGUGAACAACUCAAAGAUAAUAAAGAACCAUUGAAACUAUAAUAUUACCUAUAUGUCAACAUCAACGUUGUUAGCGUGAUAAAUGACUGUAGAGUUAUAAUACUAAUAAUUAAGUAAAAAAUUAGCGAUAGCGAUAACUCGGGUUCGGAAUCAGCACAAAUGUUUAUUUGUAUACAUUCUGAAAGCACCAAUUGAGCACUGAAAUUCGGUAGUAUAGCGGGAAUCAGUGCUUUUCAAGUUCCCGCUAGUUUCACGGAUCUCCGAAUUAAACCGAUUACCUACAAAGAAAAUCUCGAUGAGCUCCCCAAAAUUAUAUUUGUUUUUUUUUUUUUAAUACUUGUCAUUUUUAUCUAUUUUUUUUAUAAUUUCGGACCGGUAAAAAUCCUAAAAUUCCGCGAGCCGAUGCCUUUUCUAAACCACGUAGUGCUAUAAGUCACAUUUUCCUUAAUUUGAGAAACAAAAAGGUGUACUGAAAUUUAAAAAAUAAAUUAUUGAACGACAUAUCACGCAAACGUUAACAUUUGAUAGAACACGUAGCAGGCUUGUACUGUGGACAACAUAAUAUUUUGCAGAAUAUUAUCCAUCUGAUAUACAUGUUUAUCUAGUAGUUAUAAGUUUGAAAUGACUUGUACUAUUAUGCAGCAAUUCAACAGUUAUAAUUUUGAAAACAGAAAUUAUGGUGGUCGUAGUGGUGUCAGAUGGUGGUUUCACUGUAAAUGAAACGGCUGUUUUGUUUAAUUUAUUACUUUUUGCUGCUACCUGGUGAUGGAGUUUUUGGGUUAUAAAUUAUUUUACUUUGCAUGUUGAUAAAUUUACUUUUUAUGAUAUAACUCAAAUUUUACGAAAAUGUGAUUUAUACCACUAUAUGAUUUCAUCCACUCCAUCCCGGCGAAUUUCGGUUUCCGACACUCUGCUCGCACGGAUCUAAAUUAAAAUGAGUGAUAAUCUCCUAAAAAUCCAUUGCUAAUUGAAUAUCGUUUUGUUUUUGUACAGCUUUCGGCAUUGGCAGUAUGAUUUAUUCCGGACUGGAAUUCGGCCAGUAUUUCGAACUCGAACCUGCUACGAAAUGCCAUAACAUCCUGCUAGUACUCACGCCGGCCACCAGGAUGGCGUUCAUAUUCAUCCAAAUGUAUUUUAUAUUUUUAAACGACGAGGUAAGAUUCUUGAUUUCUGUAAACUGCCGAACCCUUCAAACCAUUUAAUCCGUUUUCGAUAUAGUAAUAAUAUUUUAGUUUUAUUUAUCACACACAAAUAGCGGUCGGAUACUCUUUUAUUUUCACGUUUCAUAUCUCGCCGUCCGUAUUACGUUUCCGCAUUACAAGAUUCCGUAUAUUAUAUCGUUUUAAUCACACGUUUCUCAAGAAGCUCACCACGACUCCUUAAAAAAUUUCGCUGUUGAGGUACUGGACAUAAAAACCAUACGGUCGUUAAAAUUAUUUAUUCAACGGAACGGAUACAUAUUCAAAGUUGAGUUGACGAAUGGGUGUUCGGUAGAUAGUUCAAACGGUUUUUGAGCAAAAAUCCCCAUCCAUUUUGAGAGACUUAAUCGUGUUAUUUUAGCGUAAAAAAAAAAAAAAAAAGACCAACAUAUUUCGCACGUGGGUAGACUACUGUUGUAGGUGAGAAGUUGUGAAGGUAAUAAAAGGGAAAUUGAAUGUAUAUUUCAAGCGAAAAAACGAUUCAGAGUGAAGUUUGGUUGGUAGCGUUGUUUUUUUCAACAAUUUGUCAACAUUUUACUGAUAUUUGUUUAACAUUGUUCCUAUUUUCCCGUUUUUCCUCCGUUUUUUCCGGUGUUUUCCCAUUAACUAUGAUCACAACUGGGAAAAUCAAAAAAAUUCCUCCGUUAAAGUACCACUUCAGUCAGAUUUCCUUACAGAUAGAGUGCUGUCAUUGCAAAUUGGAGCAAAAUCGCUGGUAUAAAAUGUGUUCAUAGGAAAAAAAUUACAAAUACAAAUAAACAUCACUGUAAAAUGAAUAUAUUCCUCGCUCCACACAGAAUUCAAAAUUUUUUGUAUUACGAAAAUGUUGUGUUAUCCGUAAUAAUAUUAUGUGUAAUAAAUAUUGUGUUCAUUCUUUCGGCGGCAGCAACAAAUGCGAGUGACCCGACAUCAGGUGUUGGCGAAGUUCGGACUAAUGCACAUGAUCGGCACCAAUCUAUCUGUGUGGCUCAACGUUCUCGUGCAGGAGACCAAACACGAGAUAUUAACGUUUUACAACCCGGCGGAUAAUUCCAUCGGCGUGGCCAAACAACCGAAUCAUUUUUCGAGUAAGUCGACAAUGAUAAUACUUGAUGAUAUAAUGACACGUUGAAUUUUUUUAUGAGGACCUUAUACCCGCAUGUACCGGUACCGUCUUAUAACAGAAGGAAAAUUUGUCGCGUGGUUGUAAAAAGGAGACCAAAGUCACACAAAUGGCCGGGGGGGGGGGGGACAGGAGAUACUUAUCACCCCCAGGCUUCAAAUUAGCACCCGCAGUUUCCCCGAAUAAUUUAUUUCGGCAUUUCACCAAUAAUUUGUAAACUAUUGUGGUUUGUUGGUUUUGAUAAAGUAUUUAUUUUUUUCCGCUACAAGUCAAAAACAGUAUUGUACGAAUGUACUAUUCAGUUUUCGUCUAAACAAUAAACAGCAAUCAUGUAGGAAAUCAUAUUAUCUUAAUUUAUAUUUAUAUUUUAAACGGUUAGUUGCGAAAUUAUGUUCCACCCUAUAAUUGAAAUUGUGUACAAACUUAAAACUAUUGUAGUGUAGCUUAUUAUAGUACUAGGGGGGGGGGUGUGGGAGGCUAACCCACCCCCCAGGAAUCAGUGUACCACACACUAUUCUAGCACCCCCUAAAUUCACACUCAAUACGCGGGUAUAACGGCCUCUUAUCCGAACCGGUUUAACCGUGAGCAUUAUAACGUUGUGUAAGUACGUAUUAUUAUAAUUGAUAUUAUAGUAGUGGUGGAAAAAAUCCGGAUUUAUCGAAGUUCGAUAACCCACAUUUUCGGCGUUCGAAAUCUGAAAUCCGGAUUCGUGUCACAUCACUAAUUUACAGUACUGUGUGCCGAUAAAAGUGAUGAAAUAUUUAGGAAAUAAAAACACAAACUCGGACGCGCUUUUCAAAAUGUGGACGAUGCCGACGGUGACUACGACGACGACGACGACGACGACACAAUCGCCGGCAUCGAUCAUCGCAGCGGCGGAAUUUCGACACGGCCUCAACACGGGGCCGCACCACAUCUACGAAUGCCGCCGGACAAACAUCAUCGGGUCGCUGGUGCAGAACGCCAGCCCGUUCCUGUUCCCGUGCACGAUCGAGUACAGUCUGAUUUGCGCGGCCAUACUGUACGUCAUGUGGAAGAACAUCAGCCGGGUGCACGCGGACGUGUACCGGCAACGGAAAGCGGAACGGUGCGAGAACCUGGCGCAGCAGAUCACCCAUUACAGGAAGUCGCCGCACUAUUAUUCGGUGGACUGUGCGCAGGCCCACAAGGGCUUGUUUGUCGGCAUACUGUUCCUGGUGCUCACCAUCAUCUCGCUCAUAUUGUUCUUCGUGCUCAUAUCGAAACCGGAACUGCUCAACUUCGCCGUCAUGGAGGUCAACGUGUGCGAACUGUCGCUGUACGGCAUGACUACGCUGGCCACCAUAGUCGGAAUGAUACAGGUCCAAAACGAUAUUUUCGUCUAUACUACGAUAUAAAUAUAUUAAAAUGGACGAGAUGAGAAGUUAUAGGUGAAGGGGUGGGGAACGGAGUUUGACGAUAUACGCAUUCAAAAAAAAAACAGUAAUGGAGAUAAAAAUUUAAAAAAAUAAAAGAGAGAAAUAAUACUGGGGACGGGUGCGCACUGUUGUAAAGGCGAAGUUGGAAAGGUAGAAUAAGUAAAGUCGAGACGAACCAUUACUGACGAAAAACGAUUUGAAGCAAACUUCGGUUAUAAAUGUUUUGAAAGGCCUUUAUAAGAUAGGAUAUGUUAUGGAUUUUGUCGAAAUUUGAAAUUCGAACAUAUAUAUAUAUAAAAAUAAAAAAUACCUUAUACGAAUUAUUUAAAUAUCUCGCAAAAUUAAAAUACCUAUAAACAACAUAAAAAUCGCUCGAAUAUUUUACUUUGAAUUAUAGAAAGAGCAAAUAUAAGUUUUCUGUUAAAAAUUUUAAGUCGCGAAUAUUUUUUAAUUAAAUUACAAUAAAAAAACGAAAAUUGAAAACGAAUAUUUUUGUAAACUUUCCCGUUAUUUUUCGGUUUUUUUUUCGAUUUCGCUCGAUUAUUAAAAAAAAAACAAAAGGUAAAUUUAAAAAAAUAAUCUCCUUACACACCAACUAGAUUAAAAAUGAAACAACAUUGAUUUAUUGUUGUUUUUCUAAUAGAUCAUUUCUGGUAGAUAACGUCGCGUGUAAAAAAAACCUAACCAUACUUGGCACGAUGGGUGGGCCACUGUUGUAGGUGAAAAGUUGGGAAGGUAGAGAUGGUUAUAGAUGGAAAUUUAAUGUAUAUCUGUAUGCAACUAUUAAUCAUCGCUAACGAAAAACGAUACUAAGCAGAGUUCGAUUAUACACGUUUUAAAAGGCCUCAAUAUUUACGAUUUUUGUUAAAAUGUGUUAUUAAAAUUCGUAUAUCAAAAUUUAAAUACAAACAAAAGGCACUCUCACGGAAAUAUGAUAUAAGCCUAUGACUUCACAUCCCGAACGUUUGGAAUGUUAAUUAUAGAUUUCGCCCCUGAAUCCCGAUCCGUAAAAAAAAACCGGGCACAAUUCGCCACCCCCCCCCCCAAAAAAAAAAAACCCGCUUACCCUUUUGUAAUACGCGGCAACGUGUGAAUUUCCAUCUGAUACGCAUGCGAUAGAAAAUAUUUUGUGGCCGUCUCGCCACAACUAAAUUAACCCGGUCCGCGGUGUUCGUACCCGGCCCCCGGUAUACCUAGUUACCCUAUAGCCGAAGUGACCGUGCGGUGUUCCGCGUGCGCAGGUGAGACAAUUGAAGUUCGACGGGCUGCGCAACUUGGAACUGGACAACAUCCUACUGGUCGGCGCCCAGACGGGCACGUUCAUCUACAGCACGUUCACGAUUAUCAGCGGCCACUUCACGGAGGACGACAACACGGUGCUGGUGCUGAUCACCGCGUCCGCGUCGCUGGUGCAGACGUUCUGCCAGACGGUGUUCAUACUGGACGCGUCGCGGCGGUCGUGCGUCACCCCGGACCAGAUACGCAAGAAGCCCGGCCGGGAGAUCGUCACGUUCCUGUUGGUCAGCAACCUGGCCAUGUGGGCCAUCAACACGCUGGAAAAGUCCCGGGCCGACUCGCACCCCAUACAGCUGCACUUUUACGGGCUGUGGGCCUGGACCAUCAUCACGCACGUGUCCAUGCCGCUGGCCAUAUUCUACAGGUUCCACUCGACCGUGUGCCUGUGCGAGAUAUGGAAACGUUCGUACAAAAUCAAACCGUCGUACAUGUGA